GGGAGGUAGGAGGGAGCAGCCUGUUGAUCUGGAUGAAGUUCUUGACUUGGUUAUAUUUUCCUAAUCAAUGGAAACGCGUAACUGGAGAGGGGGAGACAAUGGCGUGGUUACUCCUUUUUCUGCUCUUUCACGGCUGCUCCUGUCUUGUUUUCUCUCAUCCCACCCUCCAGUUUCUUCCCGGCUUCACUGGACCUCUGCCUUUUCAACUCGAAACGGGUUAUGUAGGCGUGGAUGAGAAUGAGAUUGUGCAGCUGUUCUACUACUUCAUCAAGUCCGAGAGAAAUUUCAGGGAAGAUCCCCUCAUGCUUUGGUUAACGGGUGGCCCCGGCUGCUCCGCCAUUUCUUCUCUCGCUUUCGAGAUUGGUCCGUUGAGUUUCAAGGCGGUGGAGUAUAAUGGGAGCUUGCCUACAUUGUUGUUAAAUCCAUAUUCAUGGACAAAGGUGGCCAGCAUCAUAUUUGUGGAUUCACCUGUUGGCACUGGAUUUUCCUACUCAAAAACCCCUCCUGCUUCUCCACCAAGUGAUUUCGGACAAGUUGACAGUAUCAACCAGUUUCUUAAGAAGUGGCUGAUAAUUCAUCCAGAAUUUCUAUUGAAUCCAUUAUAUAUUGGUGGGUCUUCCUACUCUGGCAUUCCUCUGCCUGCUCUUGUUCAACAAAUCUCAAACGAGAAUGAACAAGGCAUCAAACCUCUAAGGAAUCUUCAGGGAUAUGUACUUGGAAGCCCUAUGACAGACUUGACUUCUUUUCGCAAAUUCAGAUUCUUAUUUGCUCAUGGGAUGGGACUUAUAUCCGAUGAAAUCUAUGAGGCAUGGAAGUCCAACUGUGAAGGAGGGAAUCCCAGCAACAAAGAAUGUACAAGAGCUGUUGAAGCCUAUGAAAUGUGCACAUCAGAGCUAUAUGAGAAUUAUAUUUUGGCACCUUCUUGUGAUUUUGCUUCCCCAAAGCCACAACAGAGUUUUAGUGAAAGAAGAUCUCUGACUUCUCAUUAUUUUCAUGACUCCCAAUUAUCAGUUCCAACACUUGGCUGCCCCACUUACGGAUAUUUGCUGGCUGAUUAUUGGGCUAAUGACUAUAGCGUUCGCCAAGCACUCCAUAUACACGAGGGAAGUAUAGAGAAAUGGCGGCGAUGCAACAAAAAUAUGCCUUAUAUUAGAGAUAUUCAAAACAGUAUUCCUUACCAUGCAAACCUCAGCGUUAAGGGCUACCGUUCUUUAAUUUACAAUGGAGAUCAUGACUUGACGAUGCCAUUCUUGGGAACUCAGGCGUGGAUACGAUCUCUAAAUUACUCCAUUGUUGAUGACUGGAGGCCAUGGAUGCUAAGUGGUCAAGUUGCAGGGUACACAAGGACUUACUCUAAUAAAAUGACAUUCGCCACCAUAAAGGGUGGAGGACACACGACUAUGUUCAGACCUGAAGAGAGCUCAGUUAUGUUUAAAAGGUGGAUAAGUGGAGAACCUCUCUGAUAACCUUUCAAAAUCAUGAUACAUCUCAUUCUCAAUCACAGUAUUCUGUAUAUAUAUUUUGUAUAUGUUUAUACAUGUAUGACAAGGCCUGAACAGUCCAAUACUAACCGUCCAAACACUGGAUGUGAUUUUUAAAAACAUGAUGCGACCAACUUUUCUUAAA